AUGCGUCCGAGUGGUAAAAAAGGCACGAACAACCCCGCCUGGGCGGAGCGAAACGCGGUCGAACGCUCGACGAAAAUGACACGCGAUGGGGCCGCCCCAGCGACGAGGACGAAAGUCACUCGGUACCGCGCCGGCGUGACCCCAGAGUGGGCGAAAAGAGACGACGAAUCUUCGUCUUCGUCUUCGUCUUCUUCUUCGGGAAACGAGAAGGAAUUGGACGAAGGAAAAUUGGAAACGAAAAGCGCUUCGAGGAGGACGAGAACGACAACGACGACACCAACGCGGGAUCUGAAACGAGAAUCCUCCUCUGAAUCUGAAUCUGAAUCUGAAGAGGAGGAUGAAGAGGAGAGUUCCGAAGACGAGGACGCGCGAGAUAGGAAACGGGCGCUGUUAAAGGCGAAAUUGUUGACAAAAUCACCAGCCGCUUUGGUGGCUGCUGCUGCUCCAGCGGAGGAGGAGGAUCGGGAGGAAAAGAAGAAGAAGAAGAAACAGGGAGAGAGCAGCAGCAGCAGUAGCUCUGAAUAUGAAACCGAUACGGAGGAUGAGAGCGGAGACGAGAGCUCGUCGUCGUCGUCCAGCGAAAGCGAAGGUACGGGUCCGAAACUCUUCAAACCGGUGUUCGUCUCGAAAACGAAGCGAGAGGCGAACGCCAAGGCGGAACUCUCGGCGAGAAGGGAAGCGGAAAAGGACGAGGAGGAUUUGGAAGAGGAGAAAUUGAUUAAGAAUCAGAACGCAAAAGAAGCUGUGCAACGAGAGAUUACGUUGGAAUACCAGCGAGAAGUCGCGGAGAAGGAUUACCUCGGCGAGGAAGUGAACACGGACUCGGACGAGGAGGACGAGGAAGAGGCGAGGAGGAAUUACGAGCAAUGGAAGAUGCGAGAGUUUAAACGAAUCGUACGGGAUAGAUGUAAACAGCGAUUAGAAGUAGAAGAGGAGGAAGAGCGAGAGCGGUUAAGAAACAUGACCGAGGAGGAAAGAGAGUUACACGCGGCGAAACUGAAAGCGCUGAAAGACGCCAAAGAGCAAGGAAAAGAGAAAUCGAAGAUGCGCUUCAUGCAAAAGUAUUACCACAAAGGGGCGUUUUUCCAAGAAGCUGGAGACGACGAGUUCGCGACGACGGAAAAAGCGGAAAUUUUCAAUCGCGAUUUCAACGAGGCGACGAACGCGGAGAAAGGCGUGGAUCGAUCGGCCGUUCCGGAAGCGAUGAAGUUGAGACACGGCCAGUUUGGCAAGGCCGGAAGAAGCAAGUGGACGCACUUGUCGAACGAAGAUACCACGUUCGUGAACACCGAGGACGUGCGCUUACGCAACGCGCAAGAGGCGCUGAUGAAGCAAAAGAAACUCGAAGAGCAAGCGAGUGGAGGAGCAGGAGAAGACGAAGAAGGUGGAGGAGGAGAGAAAAAAGGCUCCUUUCGCGGAGGCUCGCGCUUGACCGUGGAUAAAAAUAUUGAGAAAUUAUUCGACUCCAAAAGAGCCGGAAUGAAGGCAAAGAAAUAG